AUCCGGUUUAUUUUCGGCUCUGUCCCUAAGUUCGCAGUUUGAUUUGUUAUGCCUGUGAAGUAAACCAAACACGGCCCUUUAACUCGGGGACAGAGGAAUACCUUGUGUAGCAUAUCAGGCAUCGUGUACCAGCGAGAAUUCAAACAUGUUUUCUCUGUCAAUGACAGUCCAACCACAGGUGACAUUACCUCUAAGCCACCUCAUCAAUGUCCUCCACUCCAUGAAGAGCUCAGUGGGUAGCAGCCUCAGUGCCUCGUGCAGACCCAGAACUCACAAGGAGCAUGCCUCAGACUCAGAGCUACGGGGCACAGAGCCCAUUUUGAACCUGCGUGAGCUCGGCCUAUCAGACCUGGGAGCGCAGCAGCUGGAGGAGCUGGUGAACAAUGCGUUACCACGCCUGAGUCCACAGGAGGCGCCACUUCCAUUGGACGGACAGACGGCGUGGAGGACGUCACAUCUCUCUACACACUCAUUUUACCACAACAAACAUGGCUUUUCAGGUGGUGCAAUGCCCAUUUCUUCUUCAAGGCAGCACCCUUCACCUCUCCAGUCUGUCUGCUUAGAGCUGAAACACUGGCCAGUGUGGGUCCCCACCAGAGGCUUUAAAACGUUAAAGAGCAAAACCAGACGACUGCAGUUAGGCUUAGACCGGCCCCUGGAGUCUGAGGGGUUCACCCCCACCUUUAUGAAGGGUUUCCUGACACGAGACAAGGGGGUUGAAAUUGAGAGUCUAGACAGCCUGAUUAGGAUAAAGAACAUACCGGAUGGACAACAGGAUUCUUUCAAGAGGGGCUUCGCUGAGGGUUUCCUGAAAGCCCAAACCCUGACACAACGCUCACAAGACUCCCUCAGGAGGACUCGUCUCAUCCUGCUGGUGCUGCUUUUUGCUGGGCUUUACGGUCUCUCCAAGACCCCCUUCGUAUCGGUACGGUUCCGAACCACAGCAGGCUUGGACUCAGCUGUGGACCCGGUCGCGGUGAAGAACGUGACGUUCGAGCACGUCAAAGGGAUUGAGGAAGCUAAGAACGAGCUGCAGGAGGUGGUGGAGUUCCUGAAAAACCCAGAUAAGUUCACGGUCUUGGGAGGAAAGCUGCCAAAAGGUGUUCUUCUGGUCGGCCCUCCUGGGACUGGAAAGACUCUCCUGGCCAGAGCGGUGGCUGGAGAGGCCGAUGUGCCGUUCUACUACGCCUCUGGGUCCGAAUUUGACGAGAUGUUCGUUGGAGUGGGAGCCAGCCGCAUCAGGAAUCUUUUCCGGGAGGCUAAAGCCAACGCUCCCUGUGUGAUCUUCAUCGAUGAGCUGGACAGCGUGGGGGGGAAGAGGAUCGAGUCUCCCAUGCACCCUUACUCUAGACAGACUAUUAACCAACUGCUUGCUGAGAUGGAUGGGUUUAAACCAAAUGAAGGUGUGAUCAUCAUCGGAGCGACCAACUUCCCGGAGGCUUUGGAUAACGCUCUGAUCCGCCCAGGACGCUUUGACAUGCAGGUGACCGUCCCCAAACCAGACGUGAGAGGACGCACGGAGAUCAUCAACUGGUAUCUGAGGAAGAUCAAAGUGGAUCCAGCUAUUGAAGCCAACAUUAUUGCCCGGGGCACAGUGGGCUUCUCUGGCGCUGACCUGGAAAAUCUGGUCAACCAGGCGGCCCUGAAGGCAGCAGUUGAUGGCAAAGACAUGGUCACCCUGAAGGAGCUGGAGUUUGCUAAGGACAAAAUCCUCAUGGGCCCUGAGAGAAAGAGUGCUCAAAUAGACAAGAAGAACAAGACUAUCACUGCGUACCAUGAAUCAGGCCAUGCGAUCGUCGCCUACUUCACCAAAGAUGCCAUGCCCAUUAACAAGGCGACCAUCAUGCCCAGAGGCCACAGCCUGGGACAUGUCUCGAUGCUCCCGGAGAACGAUCGCUGGAGUGAGACUCGCUCUCAGCUGCUGGCCCAGAUGGACGUCAGUAUGGGCGGCCGUGUAGCAGAGGAGAUCAUAUUUGGCAAUGAGUACAUCACAACUGGUGCUUCAAGCGACUUCGAUAGUGCCACAAAGAUCGCUAAGAUGAUGGUGACCAGAUUCGGAAUGUGUGAAAAGCUGGGUGUGAUGACCUACAGCGACAUGACGGCCCAGAGCCCGGAGACACAAGCCGCUGUGGAGAAUGAAGUCAGGGUGAUAUUAAAGGACUCUUACGAGCGUGCCAGAGCCCUGCUGAAGUCUCAUGCCAAAGAGCACAAAAACCUGGCCGAGGCUCUGCUCCUGUACGAGACGCUCGACGUCAAAGACAUCCAGCUGGUCCUGGAGGGUAAGACCCUGGAGACCAGAUGAAACAAGGACAGCGCCAAUCAGAGGGUAGCACCAGAGCAGUGGGAAGGGGGCGGGUUUUAAGCACUCAGGGGUCAUGGAAAGAGGAAAAGACUCAAUUCAUGAAUCGGAGAAGUAUAAACUCAUGGUCUGCAUUCACAAAGUCUCUAGACAAGUGAUGAUGUACGGCUGUAAUUUCUUCAUGCUGUCACGUCUGCGUAAUCUCAACAUUAUUUCCAGAUAGGUUGUUUAGUGGUGUUGCACUUUAAUAGGACUUUCCUGCUGCUGUUAGUUCACUAUAUGUGACGAAGGCUCACAGGUGAAAUGCUUAAUGAUAAGGAAGUUGCUCAGGUCACUUCAUCCUUCAGUGGUAGGACAUAUGUGAAUGUAAGGCUGCAUCAAAAGCUUAUUGUCAUUAUCAAAUAUUUUGCUGAUUAUUCCCUGGAUUUAUCGUUCUUGUCUGUAAGGCUUGCUAUCGUUAAAAGAAAAUGAUGAUACCAAUCGUUUUUUGAUUUGGGUAAAAUGCCACCACCAUACAUUUUUCUUCGAUUGUUUUCACUGAAAAUGCUUCAAUACUACUUGGAACUAGGUUAUUUCAGGGUUAUUUUCUAAUAAAAUGUUAGAAACAUUUUGAUCCCAGAUAAUCAAAGUCAACAGUGACAUCUUUAAAUGGCUUGUUUAGUAAGUCCAAACCCAAAACAUAUUUAAUUUGGCGAAAAGCAGGAAAUCUACAGACAUGGAAGUCUGAAAAAAAGCAUUUUCUGCUUCUUUUUUUUGCCUGUAAAAUUACUUGUGUGGUUAAUGCAUUAUCAAGCAAUUGUCGAAAAAUGAUUCCGUCAUUCAAGUUAUCGCGUUAAUUGUUAAAAAGGGAUUUGAAAUGUGGUCAAAUUCUGUUCAGCCUGGUCUCUUAAAAUUCCUAUACCGUCGAUGAGAAAUACUGAGCGGUUUUUAUCUUAAACACAAAUAACUACUUGGUAAUCAUUGCAACCAGUCUUUAUGAAAUCGCAACCCCUAUUUAGUUGUCUUAUAUACAUGUUUUGUGUCUAGUAUUUCCAUUUGGUAUAACACCUUUGUGUCCGUGUCUCAAUUUGGGCACCAAAAAGUGUCACAAUGGGGUGCUUCACUUUGUCUUACCAUCAGACUCUAAGUAUCUUGGAUCAUAAAUCAUGUAUAUAUUCCCUUCUGUUUAUGUCACUCAAUCUUAUUUUUAAAUGUGGCCUUUUGGGGAAGGACUUUAGCGUAAUUGUAUUUAUUUCCUUACUAGGUCUAACAAGUUAAACCAUAGCGUCUAAACACGUUAGGUAAAGUGUAAACAUUCAAAUGCACUUCUGCACUCUAUUAUUUUUAUUUAUGCUGUGAAAAAAUGUUUGAUAAUCUGAAAAAGCAUGCACCAAAUACAAGCUGUUUAUGUAGUGAUAAAGCAUUGGGAUUUUAGGAUUUAAACUUGUAAGGCUCAAACCUAAUUUAUUUAAAUAAUAGAAUUAGGCUUCCAAAAAGCCUCUGAAGAAUAUCAGUGUUUCUUGUAAUUUCCAAUGAGUUAAUGAAAACCUCUUAAUCUUUUAAUUACUGAGAAAAACAACAGUAAGUUAUCAGUUUAUUGUCCAUUGGCUUCUCUUGUCGUUAAUUUGAGGCAGAGACAUGUUAAAUGUCCCAAUGUGUAGUCAAUACAGCAGUGUAUGAUUAGCGUUAUCUACCAUUUUAUUGAAAGUAUAGCUUUUGUCAAAAUGACCACCAGCAUAUGUAAUUUAUAGUGUUGCCCUUUUCACUUUCUUUCUUCAUUUGACUUUCUUUCUUCAGUUUACUGGCUUUUUUAUCCAUGUUUAGCUGUAUAUAUGAUGUGUUGAUGUUGAGAACAUUGUACAUAGAUGUAUAGCAAUGCUUUUAUGCUGUACACAUUGAAUGGCUCUGCUGUUGAUUGACACAAUCUCUCAACAUUCUGAUGGCAAUGGUUGAUGAAUUGUUUGUGCACCUGAAAUAAAUAAAAAGAAGCCCAAAAGAA